AUGGUGGCAGUCACAAAUGCCGCCAAUGUUGGUGAGCCGUGGGCCGAGAAGUAUAAACCGAAGACCAUCGCGCAGAUGUGUUACCCUUCCAGUGCGAAUAAACUAAAGGCGUGGAUAGAGACAUUUGACUCCGGGAGUUCCAGGAUGCGAGCUGCGUUGCUCUCUGGCCCCCCUGGUGUGGGGAAGACAACUUCCGUUUACGUGGUGGCAAGAGAGCUCGGCCGCAUUGUCGUUGAGUAUAACGCCAGUCAUUUCCGUAGUGGGAAGUCCCUUCGUGAGCACGUCACAGUUUCCAUUAACAACAACACCUUCAAUAUGAAUGCCUCUUCUUAUGCGAAGAGCAUUCUUUUAAUGGAUGAGGUGGACGGCUGCGACAUUGGGGGGGUGAAGGAGAUCAUAGAAAUGACGAAGACGACAAAAAUACCAAUUGUGUGCACUUGUAACGACCGUUGGAAUCAAAAGCUUCGCCCUCUCCUGAAUUACGUGGAGGACUUUCGUGUCAGUCGACCUCCGUGUAAUAUUGUUGCAAACUAUCUUUGUGACAAGGUGUUGGCUCGUGAAGGAAUUUCGUUGUCGAAGCAACUCCUACAAGACAUCAUUCAACGAUCUGGAAGUGAUAUUCGAAGCAUGUUGAACAACCUGCAGAUGUGGUGUCUCAACCGUACGUCGCUGGAGCAGAAGGCCCUCGCAGCGUGUGCUGUGCAGUCGGCAAAGGAUGGAGAUGUGGGUUUGUUUGACGCCGCGGAAAUGUUUCUUCUGCAGGGCACCUCACGUGGUAAACCCCGCUCUAUUGAGGAGUUGCAGACGGCCUUUUACAACUCGGAUCUGGUAGACCUGUUCGUGCAAGAAAACUACAUUCACUUUAACCCGGAGGACCGCGAUUGGAUGGAAGCCGUGGCGGAUGCAGCCGACUCGAUAUCGCUCGCAGAUGCUCUGCAGCGCAUCAUGUAUUAUGAGCAGAAUUGGUCUGUUUCUCGUGCCCAUGUGCAGCUGUCUAGCAUUGCACCCUGCGCCAUCACACGAGGCCACUAUGAAUCCUUUCUCUCCGGACAACAGGUGUUUUUUGACCGUCAACGUCCCGUGAAAUUUCCAACUUGGCUUGGGCAAAAUUCCAGUGCGAACAAAAAUAAAAGGAUUAUUCGUUGCUUGACGCUGCAGGCUUUAUCACCUUCCACGGGGGGUAUUAGUGGCAAUCAGGAGGAUGUCCUGCUGGACUACAUACCGUUGGGAUGGGAAGCUGCCCUGACACAGCCGCUUGUAGAGCGAGGAAAAGCGGCUGUGGACGAUGUCAUUCGAUUUAUGGAUCAAUACCACAUCAUGAGAGAUGAUUGGGAGUUUAUUCAGACCGUCCCACAUUUCAAAACUAUGCGGACGUCCAAUGAUAACGUCGCAACGGGAAGCAUCCCAGCUGCCGUAAAGUCGGCAUUUACACGGGAAUUCAACAAGACGCAUCGCACCGAGAGCUUUGUGAAAGGGGCGUUGCAGCACAUGGGAGGUGUGGAAACCCAAAGUGAAUGGGCCGAGGAGGAUACAGAGAAGGAAAACGGCGGCAACGCGCUUCUGAAGGCAAAUGCGGGAGCCAAGAAGACGGCUGCCGCGAAAAAGACAGCAAAGAAGGAACCCGCAUCAAAGCCCAAGGCAAAGAAGCCGUCGCUGAAAACUAAGAAAACGGCCAAAAAACGUGGAAGAAAGGCCACACCGUCAGACUCUGAAGAGGAGUUCACUGGGGAUAGCUCUGAUGACGACUAG